AUGGGCCGGGGCUGGUUUCCAGCUAUCGAUGAUGUCAACGACGUUGACAUUUGUGGGAAUGUUUCAGGACGACUUUCGGCACCGACCGAAUGGCCAUUCUCAGCACCAAUUUGUAAGGGCCGACACUCCGGUCGCCUGGUGCCAAGCUGUCGUCGGCAGGGAUCCUGCGCCGCCACCUUUUUUUCUAAAGUCUGGAAACGUGGCGACGACAUGACACAUCAAAUAAUUUCGAUUUUAGAAUUGUGA